UGUGACGUGAGUCGGCCCUUUUGAGGUGUGACAGUUGCUGAAGAUAGUAGCCGUUGCCUUUUUCCUUCCUCUUUCUCGUGGUGCGCGUGGCAAAGGGAGAAGCGGAGUCCGCCUUUUGAGAUCUGCAGGCAUUGCAAUCAUGUUUUCGAAACUUGCACAUCCACAACUGUCUGCUGUUCUCCAUCGUGGUAUUCAUGCUUCAGUGAGUUCAGCUACGUCGGUGGCAACUAAGAAAACAAUCCAGCGCCCACCAUCAUCUGAUUACAUAUUUGAGCGGGAGGCCAAGUAUGGUGCACAUAACUACCAUCCACUCCCUGUUGCUCUUGAAAGAGGGAAAGGUAUCUAUGUAUGGGACGUAGAAGGCAGAAGAUACUUUGACUUUCUAAGCGCUUACAGUGCUGUCAAUCAAGGCCAUUGUCACCCCAAAAUUGUAGCAGCAUUGAAAUCCCAGGCUGAGAAACUUACCCUUACCUCAAGAGCAUUUUACAAUGAUGUGCUUGGUGAAUAUGAAGAGUAUAUCACUAAAAUGUUCAACUACAAUAAAGUGCUUCCAAUGAACACAGGUGUGGAGGCUGGAGAAACAGCAUGUAAGCUGGCUCGUAAGUGGGCAUAUACGGUAAAAGGAAUUCCAAAAUAUAAGGCAAAGAUGAUUUUUGCAGCUGGCAACUUUUGGGGAAGAACAUUAUCUGCUAUAUCAAGUUCAACAGAUCCUACCAGCUACGAUGGAUUUGGACCAUUUAUGCCAGGUUUUGAGGUCAUUCCGUACAAUGACUUGCCAGCUCUCGAGCGUGCGCUUCAGGAUCCAAAUGUAGCAGCUUUCAUGGUUGAGCCAAUUCAAGGUGAAGCUGGUGUGGUUGUUCCUGAUAAUGGUUACCUAAUGGGUGUGCGAGAGCUUUGCACAAAGCACAAAGUUCUGUUUAUUGCUGAUGAAAUUCAGACUGGGCUAGCUAGAACUGGGAAAAUGCUGGCUGUUGAUCAUGAAAACGUGAGACCUGAUUUGAUCCUGCUUGGUAAGGCCUUGUCUGGAGGUGUUUAUCCUGUUUCUGCUGUGUUGUGUGAUGAUGAAGUGAUGCUCACCAUUAAACCUGGUGAACAUGGCUCCACAUAUGGAGGGAAUCCACUGGCAUGUCGCGUUGGCCUAGCAGCACUUGAGGUAAUUGAAGAAGAAGAAUUAGCAAAAAAUUCAGAAGCCAUGGGCAAUCUAUUGAGGAAUGAACUUAUGAAGACCCCAUCAGACAUUGUGUCCUGUGUCAGAGGGAAAGGACUGUUAAAUGCUAUUGUUAUUCAUGAAACUAAAGACUGUGAUGCUUGGAAAGUGUGCCUGCGACUCCGUGACAAUGGACUUCUGGCCAAACCAACACAUGGCGACAUCAUCAGAUUGGCCCCUCCAUUGGUGAUAAAAGAGGAUGAGAUUAGAGAAUGCAUUGAAAUUAUCCACAAAACGAUCUUAUCUUUCUGAAAUCGUGUUCAGCGCAUGCCUUCAAGUUGAAUCCACAGUGUUCCUGCAACAAGUGAUGCUCUGGAGUCCCCUAUUCAUAUUUUUUCAUCCUCAAGGGUAUGAAAAAACUUUUUAAAAUUCUAAAACUGAAUAGCUAAACUUUUUUAUGAUGGACUUAAUAAAAAGCAAAUGACUAUUCUUCAAUAUACUUUGUACUUCAAUAUACUGUUGGCUUUCAUUUGAAGAACUAUGAACUACUUAACAUCAUGUCUAUGAAUAUUGGUCAAAGCUUUACAUAUAAAUUGUUUAAUAUACCAAAAUUUAGCAUUUUAAGAUUUAAAAUAUAAUCUUUAGCUUUUUAAAUGUCCUUUGGUGCUUUGUAAGGACCGAAGUCUUGAUGUUGGUGCUAAUGGUUGUGUCCUCUAAGGGGAUCCUAUGUUGUAAUAUGAAACUCUUGAAAAUGAUAGAAUCUUACUCUGUUCAGAAAGAUGGAUCUGUUUGUAAAGGUUAACCAAGCUGGAUGUCAUAGUUCAUAUUGUAAAUAACAUCUAUUUAAGAAGAAGAAGAAGACUGCAGAUUUAUACCCCGCCCUUCUCUCUGAAUCAGAGACUUAGAGCGGCUUACAGUCGCCUAUAUCUUCUCCCCCUACAACAGACACCCUGUGAGGUGGGUGGGGCUGAGAGGGCUCUCACAGCAGCUGUCCUUUCAAGGACAACUCUUGCAAGAGCUAUGGCUGACCCAAGGCCAUUCCAGCAGGUGCAAGUGGAGGAGUGGGGAAUCAAACCUGGUUCUCCCAGGUAAGAGUCCACGCACUUAACCACUACACCAAACUCUCUCUCUUAAUGGGAAAUGGACAUUGAUUCUAGAUUGCUGAUUUCAUCUGAAAGACAAUACCUGCGUGUAAAAGUAAAAAAGACUAUUCUAAAAUUGUUUGUUUUCAUUUAAGCAUAUUCUGUAGAAACUUGUUAAUACAACUAAAAAUGGCAACCUUAAAAUGUAAUUCAUAGCUCACUUUUAUAAGAUUGUUCAUAAUGAAAGCUUGUAACAAGGUAUAGCUUUGUUUGUCUUCCAUGAGGGUCAAGCUAAUUGUGCUGACUACCCCUAACUCUUCCUGUGCAGAAAAUAUGUACUGUUUCGCUAUUCUAUUUUAUUGUAAUGCUAAUAAUGUGAGCAUAUUCUCGUUUUCCCUCCCCCCCCCCCCAAAGUAGAGUGUGGUACCAGGUUGAAAUUCCGCAGGAUAAGUAAACACUAUAAACUUA